GCCCGCCCGAACGAACCCAUCAUCCCUUCCUGCUGUGACUCCUCCUCUUUUUCUUCAUUCAAAUGUGACAAUGGCCAUUUAUUAUUUCAAUUGCAGCAGGAACCGCCACCUCCUCAACUCACGUCUCCAUCAUCAUCAUCAUCCCCUUGUCUCCUCCAGAUCGGCACCAGCAGCAGGCCCCUCCUCUCUUCUCAGUCCUUAUCACAAUCAGCACUCCUCCCCGGCUGACAAAGAAAAUGGUGCCAUCAUGAGGUCUUCAAUGUUUUCUACAUAUAUUGGAGCCUUUCGAGUUUCUUGGUUGGCAAAGUUACCAUGUAGAGGGCGAUGGUUCUCAUCUGCUGAUCUUCCAAGUCAUACCAUUCUUCCAAUGCCGGCAUUAUCCCCAACCAUGAAUCAAGGCAACAUCGUUAAAUGGAGGAAAGAAGAAGGAGAUAAGAUAGAAGUGGGUGACGUGAUAUGUGAAAUCGAGACAGACAAAGCAACCCUUGAAUUUGAGAGCCUUGAGGAAGGGUUCCUGGCUAAGAUUCUAGCUCCUGAAGGUUCGAAGGAUGUUCAUGUGGGACAACCUAUUGCCAUAACAGUUGAGGAUCUAGACGAUAUCCAAAAUGUCCCUGCUACUGUAUCCACUGGUUUAGAAGCAAGGGAGGAAAAGACAAUGGAAUCUGAUGUGCAGGAUCAAGGAAAGAAACAGAAAACGGGUUUUAGCAGAAUCAGCCCAUCAGCAAAGCUUCUUAUUGUGACUCAUGGAUUGGAUGUGUCAUUAUUGAGAUCCACGGGCCCCCGUCAUACUCUUUUAAAGGGUGAUGUGUUGGCAGCCAUAAAGUCUGGAUCAGCUUCUUCAAGAACUUCAGAUUCCCCUCAACAGGGGAUAUCAGGAUCGCCCAUGAGCAAAUCUGUCCCUACUGGUACUUCAUCUUCAGAAUCAAGCGCUCAUUUGCAUCCUCCUGAGAAACAGGAAGACUUGCCAAACAGUCAAAUCCGUAAGGUCAUCGCAAAACGAUUGCUGGAAUCAAAGCAGAAUAUACCUCAUUUGUAUCUAUCCUCAGAUGUCAUACUAGACCCUGUGCUGGCUUUUAGAAAGGAUCUUAAAGAGCAGCGUGGUGUUCAAGUUUCGGUAAAUGACAUAAUUGUCAAAGCGGUUGCCCUUGCUCUAAGAAGUGUUCCCGAAGCCAAUGCUUAUUGGAAUGAUGAGAGAGGCGAGCCUGCUUUAUGUGAAUCCAUCGACAUCUCCAUCGCAGUGGCUACAGAGAAGGGAUUGAUGACUCCCAUUGUAAGGGAUGCUGAUAAAAAGACUUUGUCGGCAAUCUCCUUGGAGAUCAAAGAAUUGGCAGCAAAAGCACGAACUGGGAAACUUGCACCUGGUGAAUAUCAAGGUGGCACUUUCAGCAUUUCAAACCUUGGUAUGUUUCCAGUGGAUCAGUUUUGUGCAAUUAUAAACCCCCCACAGGCCUGCAUCCUGGCAGUGGGCAGGGGAAACAAAGUUGUGGAAUGCACGGUUGGCAGUGAUGGUACAGAGAAGCCUGGAAUUGCCACAAAAAUGAGCCUAACGUUAUCUGCCGAUCAUCGUGUUUUUGAUGGCAGUGUUGGAGGUCGUUUUCUUGCAGCCUUGACUUUGAAUUUCAAUGAAGUUCAGAGACUUCUUUUGUGAAGAACAGUGGGUUGAGUGAUUAUAGCUGCAGGCCACAGAGAGUGAAGUCUAACCUUAAAUUGACCAAUAUCCUUAUACCAAAUAUCAGAAAAAUCUUCUGCUCUAGAGUACAUAUCCCAUUACGGCAGCUCUCACUGAGAAUAAUAUUGGCCUUCCACAGAACUAUUUAGCUACAGGAAGUUCGGGGCAUCCCCUGGUUCUUUGUUUGGAAACUACAUGCUGCACUUAAGGAUUUUUGUUUUAUCCAUGACAAUUUAUCUUUCAAUCUUUUGCCUUCUUGUGGUGUUUUUGACGCAUGGUAACAAUUUUUUAUGUAAACUGAAAUAUUCUUCCUAUGUUUCCUGGGGUGGACAGGAUAUAUGAUGCUUGAGUUAUUGAGUACUGUAUCGAGAUCCGUGUCUAUGAAUUUGAAAUAUUGGACUCUGUUUUCUCAGGAGGGAUAUUUAGAUUAUGCAUUAAAGGCACCA